AACCACUGACCAAACCACCGAUGACUCCCUGCCCCACCACACACUGUGAGUGGGGGACCAGGACCUCGGGGAGGGGAGACGUUAUCAGUUCAACCCAGGAAGGGAGGGUGUGUGAGAAUCCAUUGCCAGGAACUGAAAUGGGUGAAACAGAACCAGUCUGGUCCUAAGGAGCUCAGGGCCCCCCGAGUUGCCUCAACUGCUUGCUGGCUUCUUUGCUUUUUUGGGGGCUCAGAGGACCCAGGAGUCCGGGUCCACAGCCUCUUCUCUCAGAGACCCAGGAACCCAGCGCUCACCCCCAUGGAGCCCUGUCGGUCCCUGGCCCUGCUGGCCGGCUCCCUGGCCCUGGUCUCUGCCCUGGUUGCUCUGAGCACGGAUUUCUGGUUCGUGGCCAUCGGGCCCAGCUCUACAGCUCACUCGGGCCUCUGGCCGAAGCGGGAUGAGGAGUCAGUAGCAGGCUUCAUCCACGUGACGCAGACCUUCAGCAUUCUGGCCAUCCCGUGUGGCCUGGGGUCUGUGGGUCUCCUGAUCCUGUCCUGCAUCCCCUCACUGUCCGCCCCGGGCCGCGGCCUUCUGGUCUCAUCCAUCACAGCCUUUGUUGCAGCCCUCUUCACGGUGGUGGCCAUGGCCGUCUACACAGGUUAUCGGUGGAGCCAACCUCGACACUCCCAGAUCCAGUCCUCCUUCUCCUGGUCCUUCUACCUGGGCUGGGUUUCGGCUCUCCUCUGGUUCAGUGCAGGUAGCCUGGGUCUGGUCGCUCAUUCCCGUGCCCCUCCGCCUGGCUAUGACGAAGUGUGAGCCCAACAUGUGAGCCGAAGGUGAGGACAGCAAGUGGGUUGGAAAGCAUCAUCCAUGCAUCAUCCGGAGCCAUGGGAUCACCUGGCCCUCCCUCUGCCCUCACCCCCCGCCCUUCCAUAGCCCCAUUGUUUGUUUAUUCAUUCUUUCAACAACGAUUUGCUGCAGUCUGAUUAUUUUGAGAUUAAUUCAACCACGACACAAGCCGAUGGCACGCCAGCUCCCCGGUGGGUGACACUGGGCACCCAGAAAAGAAUCUGAAACCUCGACCUGCUCCCCAAGG